UAUAUUUUUGGUCGCGAUCUCGCGCCGCUUGAAAUUGUUUUCUUAAUUUUAUGUCACUUUAUAUUUACGAUAAUCAAGAAACAGUGAUUCAAAAUGAGUGGACCCAACGGUAUGUUGUAUGGUGGUGAUGAAAUAGGCGCUUUAGUGUUUGAUCCGGGACAUCAUUCGUUGCGUGUUGGUUACGCACAAGAAGAUACUCCUAAAGCUGAUAUCCCUGCAGUGAUCGGCGUUGGACCUGCUACUCACAUACCUGAUGCUGAAGAGAAGGUUCCAGAUGGCAAUAUCACACAAAGCGCGGCAAAAACAGGGAAUGAACUUCGUCACUACAUUGAUGUGACAGAAAUUCAUGUUCCCAGACCGGGGAUGGAAAUACAGACAUAUAUGAAAGAUGGACAGGUUGAUAACUGGGAUUUAUUUGAGAAAAUGUUGGACUACUGUUAUUCUAAAGUGAUACGUUCUCCAUCAGAACACCAUCCGGCACUCUUCACAGAAGCAGUAUGGACAACAAGACCAGCAAGAGAGAAAUUGGCGGAGUUACUGUUUGAGAAGUAUCAAGCACCCGCUUUCUUCCUUGUUAAGAAUGCUGUACUGGCUGCAUUUGCUAACGGAAAGUCUACAGCUUUAGUGUUAGAUGCUGGAGCAAGUCAGACUUCAGCGGUACCAGUUAUUGAUGGGUAUGCCAUAGUGUCUGCGGCGGUUCGGUCACCGCUAGGUGGGGAUCACCUCGCAGCGCAGGCCAAGAUCAUGCUCAACAACAUGCAUAUACAGAUGCUGCCUAUAUAUAGCAUACAGAGCAAGGAAGUGAUAAGAGAACGAGAGAGAGCCAAGUAUACGUUAAAGAACUUGCCCGCUGGCCUCACACAAUCCUGGCAGCAGUAUAUGCUGAAGCGUCAGUACGAAGAUUUCUGUCAUUGUGUUGCUCAAGUGUCGGAGAGUCCAUACGAGGAGCGAGUGGCUGCGGCGGUGCCGGGAGUGCAUCAUGAGUUCCCCGGUGGCUACCAUCAAGACUUCGGCCCGGAGCGCUUCAAGCUUACAGAAUGCCUCUUCGAGCAGACCAUGGGUGCUGCACAACUAGUAUGCAGUGCGGCAGGUGCAUGUGAUGCAGACGCACGACCUGCACUGUGGGGUGGUGUGGUGGCUUGUGGUGGGCUGAGUGCACUCUCAGGCUGGCCUGAACGCGUGGCCCGAGAGCUGGCUGCACGCGCACCUUCGAGUCACCGUCUCAAGACUCAUGCUGCACCAUCACCACAGGAGAGACGCUUCGCUGCAUGGCUUGGUGGUUCAAUUCUGGCAUCGAUCGGUUCCUUCCAACAGAUGUGGAUCUCAUCUCAGGAGUAUGAUGAGGGUGGCAAAGGUCAACUGGAGAGGAAGUGUCCCUAGGGCAUAGAGUGCCCUUAACAAUGAACUACAUUAAGUGUGUGAACAGUGAACUGUGUUUUUAUACAUUUAACAGUAAAAAUCCAAUAUAGUGAAAUAAUUCAUUCAAUUUAACAAA